UGGUACUGUAUAUAGGUCUACUAUAUUUUUAUUUUUUCUAUCAGAAGUGGACUUCCACCUGUUUUCACCAAGCUUCCUAAAACAACCUCUCCUCAAUAUUAUGGGCGGGCUAUAGAAAUUUUGCUCUGGGCCAUUCAUAAUACAAGAACAUACUUGUUGACAAUGGGUGUGACUUGACUUUCCCUAAGGAAGUUACUCAAACCAACCCUGAGUUUUAACAGUGGGCAAACCGUAUCUCUCUUAGGCUAAAACUAUACUCAAAUCAUGACUACAGAAAUACCCGUUCUGCUGGCUGCCGUGUCUCUGUUUUCUGCCCUUCAAAUGGUGUACCUGGCGAGACAGGUGGGGCUGGCGAGAAUGACACACAAGGUCAUGCCACCCACUGUCACUGGACCACCGGAGUUUGAGAGAACAUUCCGGGCACAUCAGAACAAUGUUGAGUUGUACCCAGUCUUCCUAGUGGUGCUGUGGACUUCUGGACUGCUCUUCAGUGAAGUGCUUGCUGUUCUUGGAGGUGUUGUGUAUAUGGUGGCUCGGCACAUGUAUUUCAGUGGAUACGUCAUGUCCACUAAAAAAAGGUUGCCUGGGUUUUACCUGACUUUGGGUGCCUUAUUCUUCUUGUCUGUGCUGAGCACCAUUGGUAUUCUUCAUGGCAUUCUCCUUGAAUACUUUUACAAAAUAGUUUCUAUGAUGGUAACACAUUAGCAAUGAAUAUUAACAAAUGGAUGGAGGAAAUGCCAUGGUAGUGACGUUUCUGUUUUGUUCUAUACAAUUGUGAAACUCCUAAAUAAAUAAAAUAUAUAUUUUUUAAAAGUG